AAUAGCUCUGGCAGGGACAGAGGCUCUCCACACACUCACAGAGCACAAAGGCAGCAGGCAACCCAGCUCAACUCAACUGAGAGAGUUGGAGACCAAGCCUCAGCCGCGAACUGACAAGAAACGCGAAAACAACAAAGCGCAAGGAUGUCCUCUUAUGUGACUUCGGAGUGUCACCGCGUCUGCCCGUCCUCUCACGGGAAUCGGUUUGACACAGCGCACCGCAAAAAGGCCGUGGCUAACAUCUUUGACAACGUCAACCAAGACGCUGUGAUGAGGCUGUUCCAGAAAACAGGAGACAUGAAGGCGGAGGAGCGGGUGAGGAGUAUCUUCUCCUACGCGCAGGACCCCGAGGAAACGGCCAAAGCCUUGAUGGCCCUGAAACAGCGCAAGAAGGACAAGUUUCUGCGUAUCGCAGGAAUUGUUCGGAACCUGCUGAAACUUCGCUGACUGUUCUAUAUCGACUCUUGACGAGUGGUUUCGACUCAGCAUAUAAGUUUGUCAGCACGCUGACACCUGGCAAAGAGGAUGUUCAAGACCAGAUGACAAUCGACACGGAGAUGAGCUAAGGGGUCCUGGCUAAAUUGUUAAAAGAACAAUGGACCACGGAGAUGGCAUCCACUGAUGCAGCUUGCCUGGAGGGAUGCGUAGUGAACUCCUAGAUGCACGGAGUGGUGCAGCACAGCGAUGGAGUUGCGCUCUAGAAAAUUCUUGGGGCUUUCCCAAGCACAAGUCAAAGAGACUCUUGCAAUGAUGUCUCAAUGAUGAACUGCAUUUUAAAAAUGCGUCCUUUAUCUGCACCUUGAAGGUGUGAAUGGUUCAUAAAAAUAGUGACUGAGUGAUGGGAGACUGGUGCCGAAGAUAUUGCCUCAAAAUGUUGCCUGUAUUUUUGCAAACAUAUGCCUUGUCGCUCUACCAGUUUUACGUUGUGAUACCGACUGUUCUCUCUUUACAAGUGGCCACUAAUUUAUUUGUCAAACACCAGCCCAUGCAUUUUCUAAAAGUAAUUUUUCAAUUUCUAUAAUAAAUUAUGAACUCAAGAAA